AUGUCGAACAGACAAGCCGUCGCCCGUCGCGCUGCGGCGGACGAGCAGCAGAUGAAUGAUUAUGCACCACCACAACAAGUAGAGGCGCGCGAGCAAUACGCCAGGGCCGAAGCAAAGGCCGGCCUCAACCUCAACAUCUUCGCCGCCCUGUCCGGCAGCAUGUUCCAGCGCAAGACCAAAACGACCGACACGGCGGCCGACGGCUCGUCGCGCGUCGUCGAGCAGACGGACACGGCCGCUCGUGGCAAGGGCGCCGCCCACGGCAACCUCAGCGCCUACGGCGCCGCCCGCGCUGAGGGCCGCGACCGCGCCAUCGGGCAGGAGUCGACCCGCGCGCUCGCCGAGGACGGCCGCCAGCGGAAGAAGGCGUUGAAGGAGAAGGGCGAGGAGGUGGGGAGGAAGGCGAAGGAGGCGCAGGUGGUGGAUCAUUUGGGGAUUGGGGCAUGGGAGGUUGAGGAGGAGAGGAAGUGA